AUCACCUCCUUCUCUACUGUACGUGCAAUUGUUCACAUAACGAGAGCCACCAGCAGCAAGCCCAGCCAGCUACACGGGAAAUGGGCGUGGUGGCGGUGAGGAAAUCCUCGCCGGUGGUCGUGAGGCCACCGGAGCCGGUGACGACCACCGUCGACAUCAGCCUCUCGCCUUUCGACAAGAACGUCAUGUCCGUGCCAGCCGCGGUGUUCAUGGUGUUUGACCGCCCAAUCCACCAACCGGCCGCGACCAUCGAGAAGGCCCUGUCCCGAGCUCUAGCCCACUACCUCCCAAUCUCCGGCCGCCUCGCCGCCGGAGCCGACGAGGGAGAGUUCCACAUCAGGUGCACCGGCGAGGGCGUCCCGUUCGUGGCCGCGGCCGCGGACUGCGCUCUGCAGGACGCCGAGUUCUUCGGCCGGUCGCCGGCCGCCACGCUGCUGGAGGAGCUGGCCGUCUACUACCCUGCCGAGCACGGCGGUUUCGGCGACCCUCUGCUCAUGAUGCAGGUGACAGAGUUCUCGUGCGGCGGGUUCGUCGUCGGGGUAACCUGGAACCACGCCGUCGCCGACGCGGCCGGGAUCGGCCAGUUCCUGCAGGCCGUCGGCGAGCUCGCGCGCGGGCUGCCGGCGCCGUCCGUGGCUCCGGUAAGGCGGGACGAAGCGCUCGCGGCGGUGCCUCCGCCCGCCGACGGCUUCGUGGAGCUGAUGAUGACGCUCCAGCCGGCCGACAUGGCCGUGCUCGACGUCACCGUGCCAUGGGACCUGAUCGACCGGAUAAAGGACUGCUCCAACGCAAGGGGGGCAUCAAGGCCGCCGUGCACGACGUUCGAGGCGGUGGCCGCGCUGCUCUGGCAGUGCCGCACCCGCGCGGUCGGGCUGUCCUCGAGCACGGAGGAGCCCGUGGCGCUCUACUUCGCGGUGAACGCGCGGAGGUACGUCGGGGCCAGGCGCGGGUACUACGGCAACUGCGUGACCGGGCGGGUCGUGGUGGCGGCGGGCGGCGCGGUGGCCGGCGGCGACCUCGCGGACCUGGUGGGGAUGAUCCAGCGCGCCAAGAGCCAGAUACCGGAGCAGUUCGACGCCGGAGGCAAGAAGGGUGCCGGCGUGCCCAGCUUGGCCGUCGCCGGGUACAACGUGCUCAUCGUCACGAGCUGGCGGAACCUCGGGCUGGACGGGGCCGACUUCGGCGGAGGGCCGCCGGCGCGGGUGACCACCUACGCCCGGGGCAGGGUGAGGGCGCCAAACUGCGUGCCUUGCCCGGGGAACGACGCCCUCGGGUCUAGUGUCAUGGCCGCCUGCGUCAGGGAGGAGCACGUCGCCGCCUUCCUCGGAGAGCUAGCCUCGAUCAGGUCCAACUGAUGCCCUGGCACUGAUGCCAGUGUUUCAUUUUCAUCUCAUGCUUUAGUUUGGUUUGAAUAUGGUCACUUGGGACAGUGGAGUCAUAGAUGGGCACGGUAUCCUAUCUUGGAUUUGCAUGCUGUUUUUUAGUUCA